UCACUUAAAUCUUCAGUCUUCGGCUUCUUCCUUUUACACUUUUUUUCCUUCUUGUAAAUAAGAUUGUUCUUGUUUUCAUAUACAACUUUUUGCACCAUUCUUAAACUAAUUCCAAGCGCUUUAGCUACUUCUUCUUGUACAUUCUUAGGCAACCCUUUAUUUUCUUUUUCGUUCUCGAAGUAAUUAAUAACAUCAAGUACCAUUUUUUUGGCUUGAGGAUUUAGAAAUCCACAAAAAGGAUUUUUCUUUUCCAUAAUUUGAAAUUUAAAUUAUCUUGUGACAAAUAAUGUCAUCCGUCAAUCGAAACGAAACAGGCAUGUUUGUUAUGAAAGUAAUUGUUUUAGAACCACUGACAUUUAUCAUUUUAUCUUCUUUUGAUACAUUAACGCUGCAUAUAUCUGUUUCGUUUAUCUGACGCGUUGUAGUUAAAAAACGUUGUUGCGCAAAUUGAAAUGAAACGUAAAUACAAAAGUUUGUCGUUGAUAAUCCGAUACACCCGCACGGAUUUGGCCUCUAUAAUGGUAAAGGGACAAACUUAAAACAUUUGUGAUAUACGUGAAAAGACUUUUAGAUUUUGUCAUUAAAAUGAUGAUGUACUGCCUCCUUUGUUUGCUCACAUUAGUCACCACACUACACGCCUAUGCAGAAGAAUGGUCGACCGUCCACCUCUUGGAAGAGCCGGAGUUUGUAGGGCCCAUCAAUAAUUUAACUGUCCCGGUGGGAAGGGAAGCCAUUUUGUCCUGUACCGUCAAUAAUCUGGGGAAAUACAAGGUCGCCUGGGUGAGAGCAGAAGACCAAACCAUCCUAAGUCUUCACACAAAAGUAGUAACUCACAAUAGUCGAAUAGCUGUACAUCAUGACAACUUAAACACUUGGCAAUUGCGCAUCAGACAACUUAAGGAGUCGGAUCGUGGAUGCUACAUGUGCCAAAUUAAUACCGGAGUCAUGAAGAUCGCCGAGGGCUGCUUAGAUGUUUAUGUUCCACCGGACAUAAUAAAUGAUGACACUAGCGGCGACUUGUCAGUAUCGGAAGGAGACAACGCGACCCUCUGGUGCAAGGCUACAGGCCAUCCGACGCCACGGAUAGUAUGGAAAAGAGAGGACAGCCAAUCAAUUGUAAUUAGGAGAGGCCCUCGAGAAUAUACCAAAGUCGACACUUACAACGGCAGCAGUCUGCAUUUUUGGAGAUUAGACAGGAGACAAAUGGGAGCGUACCUGUGCAUCGCUAGCAACGACGUUCCUCCGGCAGUUAGUAAGAGGAUCGCCCUAAAUGUAAAUUUUGCUCCAAUGAUAAAAGUGCCAAAUCAACUGCUAGGAGCUCCCCUUAACACUGACGUUCAACUAGAAUGCUACGUGGAAGCAUUUCCAAACACCAUUAAUUAUUGGAUAAAAAAUCGAGGAGAAAUGCUACUGAAUGGGACUAAAUACUCAAUACGAGAGGACCGAAGUGGCUACAAGGUGUUCAUGUGGCUAAUCAUCCGGUCAUUUUCCAACGCGGACAUCGGCACUUACAACUGCGUCUCUACGAACUCUUUAGGGAGGGCCGAGGGAACACUUAGACUUUACGAAAUUAAAGUUAUUCCAGGGAGUUCGAACGAAGAUACCUUAAGCAUUGUUGGUGGUUUAGCUGAACCAGCCAGGGGUCACCGUGAACACUCCAGUGCGUCCGCCAAAGAUCCAUCUCUCCUCAUCAUACUAAUUUUAUCAUUUUUACAUUUAAGGUGACUACACUAAGAAAAUCUAAAAAUAAAAAUCUAUAAAACAAAAAUUAUUGUACUGAAAAAUGCAAAAAAAUGUCUCUUGUAUAUAAGAACGAAUUGUGGCAAAAUAUUUUGAUGUUUAUAGGGAUAUGCUUAGGAUGUUUAUGAUAUAAGCAUACUAAACAUUAUGGGUAAAGUUUUGUAUAAUAAUGUUAGGUGUAUGUACAGGUAAGUAAUAUAAUAAUGCAGUCGCGGGCGUAUUUUUUUUUAAUUUUGAAAAAUUAAUAUUUUUUUGAUAUACCCCAUUGAAAGAAACAAUACUCAGUGCAGUUCAAAAAGCAAUAAGUCUUUAUUCAUUUUACUAAAUAUUGAUUUUAAUCCUGACUUUUGGACCGCACUGUAUAUGUUUCUAAAUUAAUUAUGUAGUUUACCCUGGUUUGUCAAAAAGUACUGAAUUAUUUAUUCUAAUAGUUACUCCUGUGAUAUUAAAUUUUAUCCCCGAAUAUGAUUUAAGCUGCGUCAAUUGACUAAUUUUUAUUACAACGAAAUUAAAUAUUAAAAAUGUGAAUAAUUUAAGCCGUUUUAAAUAAAUAUUGCAGUCGAUAUUUUGCUUAUAGGGUGUUUUCUUGAUAAAGGAUAACAAGUAUACCCCCUGUAAUAUUUUGUAAACACCCUAACCCAUAACAAGUUAGUGUUAAAAAAAAAUUAAGUUAAUUAAGUGUAAAAAAAAAGAUUUAUAUGAGGUGCAUUCAAAAGCAUAGAAAAAUACUAUUUCAAAUAUUUUUAUUGAAUACAACUCGUAUAAAAGACUGUAAUCAUUAAAUAAAUAAAAUAAUUUUGUUGCUCAGUACUAUUAAGUGUUUAAAAAAAAUUCAGGUUAGUCAAACUUUUUGGCCGGCCCUGUAUAUAUUACUCUAUUUGUAUUUAUGUAAAUGCAAUUGUUAAGUGUACCCAAUAUAUUUGUUCUUUUAAUUUUUACUAUCGACCAUUACUUUAUUAGGAUAAUAUCCGAAUAGACUUACCCAGAAUAUCUAUAUCCAUCCUUGUCAAUAAUAAGAAAUAGGACCUAAGCUUAGCUGGACUUAAUAGUAAGAUUAAUCUAAUACCGAUUAUAGUAGAAAUUAAAAAUUUUAGUUUUUAAACAUUGUUAAUACCCAUUCGAACAUUAUUAAAAAUAAAAAUAAUUUUUAGGGGUAAGAAGCAUAAACGGCAACUCGUGUGUAAUAUUUUGUAAUCAUAAAAUUUUGAAAAUAAAUUUGAAGUUUGACACGG